AUAUCUGGAAAAUAAUAUAAAAAACAUAAAUCAUAUUGCAAAAUAAAGUCAAACAUAUAUUACCGAAAUUCCUUUCAUCUUUAAAUAACCUGAUUUUAAUCAUUACCGUAAUAUCAUGUAAUAAUCUACAGUAAUUCCCUGACAAUUCUUCUAGAAGAUUUAGGUUGUCUGAUUUUCAUUCAAUAAAUGCUAGUACUCUUUCUUUAUUUAUUUAUUCAAAAUUUAUUUAUUUAUUUUUCUUUAUCUUCACCACCGCAUCAACAAUGGCGCACCAGCUUCAUUUCCUCUUAGUCCCAUUAAUGUCACAGAGCCAUAUAAUCCCACUCACAGACUUCGGCAACCUACUCGCCCGACAAGGCGCGUUUGUUUCAAUCGUCACCACCCCACUCAAUGACGUCACGCACAAAUCAUCAAUCCGCAAUCACAACAUCCAAACAAUCCCCAUCGAAUUCCCAUGCCGAGAAGCCGGCCUGCCGGAGGGAUGCGAGAAUCUGGACACAGUCAUCAACUCGCCGGAGCUCACCCGGAGAUUCUUCCGGGCAAGUCAAAUGCUGGAAGCCCCGCUGGAGAAACUCAUCGGAGAAUUAGAACCGAAACCCGACUGCAUAAUCUCCACCACUGCAGUUUCCUGGAUAAAAAAACCCGCCGAGAAAUUCAACAUACCCAGAUACCUUUUCGAAACCAUAUCGUGUUUCUCUCUCCUCUGCUCCCAUAAACUUUCUCUCUCUAGUUUUCAAGAAGACGCAGUUUCUGAUUCCGAGAAGUUUCUUGUGCCUGACAUACCUCAUAGAAUCGAAUUCACCAAAGCCCAGUUGCCUAAAACGACGUCGUCGGAAGAUUCCUCCGGCGGUAAUAAUUUUGAAGAGAUUAAAGACCAUGUUAAACAGGCCCGAGAUUCGGUGAAGGGUAUUCUGGUCAACAGUUUCCAUGAAUUGGAGCAUUGGUACGUUGAAGGGUACAAAAGGGAAAAUGGAAAAGUGUGGUGCAUUGGACCAGUUUCACUCUGCAACACCGACACGUCAUUUUCCGGCGGAGGAAAAAACAUCAUUAACAAACCCUCCUCCGUCGACGACUGUCUGACGUGGCUGGAUCAGAUGAAGCCGAACUCAGUCAUCUACGCAUGUUUCGGAAGCUUGUGUCGGAUAUCUGCAGACCAGAUAAAAGAGAUUGGUUUGGGAUUGGAAGCUUCGAAUUCGCCGUUCAUCUGGGUCAUCAGAAAAUAUGAUCAAGAUUCCUGUGCGGCGGAGGUGGAGGAAUGGCUGGCGGCGGAAGAUGGUGGGUUCGAAGAGAGGGUACGAGGAAGAGGGGUGGUGAUACGAGGGUGGGCCCCACAGGUGGCGAUACUGUCGCACCGGUCGGUCGGGGGAUUCGUGACGCACUGCGGGUGGAACUCGACGCUGGAAGGUGUUUGCGCCGGCGUGCAGAUGGUGACGUGGCCGAUGUUCGCCGAACAGUUCUACAAUGAGAAGUUCAUUGUUGAUGUUUUAGGGAUUGGUGUUAGAGUUGGGGUAGAUGGUUGCUUGGAUUAUUCCAAUAAUAAUAAUAAUAAUAAUAAUAAUAAUAAUAAUAAUAUGGUGGUGACGUGGGAUAGGGUCAAAAAUGCAAUUAAAAAAGUGAUGGGGACUGAAAGUGAAGAAGAAGGGAAUAUUAUUAUAACGAAGAAGAGGAGAGAGAAAGCUGAGGAGCUUGCAAAAAUGGCGAGAGAAGCGGUGGAAGAAGGAGGUUCGUCUUUCUUGAAUGUAUCAAUGUUCAUUGGAGAUGUCUUGCACCAACUUCAAUAAUGUUUUAAAUCAAAUACUAUAAUUAUUAAAUUAUAUUAUUAUUCGGUGUAUUUUG